AAUAUAAUGAUGAUGAUGAUUACCCGCCACCCUUGAGUUCAGAUCGGCACCAUACACCACCCUUCAAACCCAAGAAAACACUUACUAAUCACAACCCCCUCGCUACCAAACCUGAUGACCCACAUACACCAACUCUUUAAUUUUCUUUUCUAGCUUUCCGGCCUGCACGCACCAUUAUUCUUAUUAUUCAUCUAUAACAUACAUACAGUUGCAAAAUAUUAUCAUCAAGCUAAGCAUUAGCGAGUUGUUAGCAGGAUAGGAUAAUGGGUCCAAUUUCAAGACUCCAAGAGUUACUACUUGUUGUGAUCUUGAUCAUCGUUGUUUCUGGGAGAUCAAAUAAUGUUGAAGCUCAGAACACAGAAGUUGCCCAAGAUACAAAAGCACUAUGCAGCAUCAGUCUUGCGUCGUUUCUUCCUCCUCCCUAUGGGGCUAUGGAAAACGUGAUUUGUCGGCCUCUUUGGAAUUCUAAUUUCCUGCUAAGAUACUCGCAGACAAAAGACAACGUGGUGACAAUAGUGGCAUCCACUCUAUACACCAGUGGGUGGGUAGGAAUUGGGUUUUCAAGAAAUGGGAAGAUGAUCAACUCUAGCUCCAUGGUUGGAUGGAUAACACCAGAGGGUAAAGCCAGAAUCAGGCAGUAUUUGUUGGAGGGAUUCAAGCCUUCACAGGUAAAACAUGACAAAGGUGAACUCCCAUUGACCACGACUCCUCCCCUGGUUGUGCUACAAGGCGCCACUAUUUAUCUCGCAUUCCAAUUGAAAUUCCCAAUGCGCCUCAGAGCUCAACCAAUCAUCCUAGCAUUUGCACAUAGAUAUCCCCAUCAUCUCCGCCUUACAAACCAUGAUGACAAGACCACCAUCAACUUUGACUUCUCCACAGGAGCUUCAUAUUCAGUAUCUGUUUCACCUAGUGGUAUCAUGAAAACAAAGAAGACACAUGGUGUUUUAGGAAUCAUGGGAUGGGGUGUGUUCUCCCCUAUCGGGGCAAUUUUUGCAAGAUACCUCAGGCAUCGAUCACGGGGAGGAGGAGAUGCAUUGUGGUUUUACCUUCAUGUUUCUGCUCAGUUCAUUGGAUUCAUAUUAGGACUUGCUGGUGUGGUUAUGGGCCUUCGACUCUACUCAAGAAUGCAUGCCCACGUUCCAGCACAUAGGGGCAUUGGCAUUUUUCUUCUUCUCAUCAGUAUUCUCCAGGUGUUAGCAUUUUUCCUACGUCCCCACGAAGACAGCAAACAUCGAAAGUACUGGAAUUUGUAUCAUUCUUGGGUUGGAAGGAUUGCACUCUUCUUUGGAGCUUUGAACAUUGUGUUGGGAAUACACUACGCAGAAGCAGGGGAUGAAUGGCGGAUAGGAUACGGGUUUCUUCUUGGAUCAACACUACUCGCAUGUAUUAUCCUCGAAACAUUGUUAAGGAUGAAGAAGAAGCUAAACAAUCCAGCCCUCGGCCGUCCAGACUUCCCAAUGAAUUCUAUGGAUCACUAACUAACCUGCAGCCUGCAUCUGCAAUUUACCCAUCAAAACAUACCAAAAAAAAAAAAUUAAAGCUCGAUCACUCGCUGGAUCCCAGGCCAACUCUGAUCUAUGCAACCGAUCGAUCGAGAGUGAUUGAUGUCAAUUUUCACGUUUUGUAUGUAUUGUCUGCUCAGCUCAGCUCCCUCCUAGUUUUGCAGUAGAGAUCGAUAUGAUGUUGUGUAAUAGCUAGGAAUUCUAUUCGAUCUUUCAAGUGUGGCUGGAUGGCUUUCUUUGUAUGAAGCACAAAUCUUGACUCUUCUCUAUCUUUUGGCAAGUAUUAUAUUGCAUGCAAA